AUGGAUGAUGCCCUGCGCAAAUUACUCACUGGGCCGGAGUCCAACCCUUUCGGCCAGAUUCUUGUCGGCAUUCUCUCAUGCCGUUGGUUGGUUUACAUCUUGGCCGUGGUACUCCGCAUUGGACUCAUCGGCUACAGCUGGUACCAUGACUGGGUCUUCGAGGUAAAAUUCACGGAUGUGGACUACCGCGUCUUCACUGACGCCGCUCGUCUGCUGCUGAACGGCCAGUCGCCUUACCUUCGUCACACCUACCGCUACACGCCGCUGUUGGCACUCUUCAUGCUCCCCAAUGUGUUCUUCUGCAGUUUGUGCGGGAAGCUGUUUUUCGCCAUCUUCGACAUACUGACUGCCUACAUGUUGGAGAAAUGCGCGACCGCCGGAAACUCCCUAGUGCCGUCCAUUUGGCUGUUCAACCCGUUCGUGGUUGUCAUAUCCUCUCGCGGCAAUGCUGACUGCGUGAUCUGCUUCCUGGUUGUUGCCGCCCUUUACUACAUGAAACAGGAGUCGAUCAUUAAGAGUGCGGUAUUCUUUGGUCUCGCAGUCCACUUCAAGCUCUACCCGAUCAUCUACUUGAUGCCGUUCAUCUUGCACUUGUCGCACUCCAGCGCGGCCCGCCCAUCUUUGACCGGAAACUGGCUCAGCAAAUCGUUCCGCGCAGUGAAGAAUGGUUUGAACUUAAACCAACUGAAGUUCGCGGCUGUGAGCUUCGCAGUGUUCCUCUCGACCAGCCUUGUGUGCUACUACUUCUGCGGCUUCGAUUUCGUGUACGAGACUUACCUGUACCACUACAUCCGCAAGGACCAUCGUCACAACUUCUCCGUUUACUUCAACUACAUGUACCACAUGGUCGACUCCGGCAGCGAGCUGAACCCGGUUCUGUCGUUUAUACCUCAGAUGGUGUGCGUAUUUGUGUACGGCCUUUUGGGUUUCUGGGACCUCGAGUUGUCAAUGUUCUUACAGACCGUGUCGUUUGUGGCCCUGAACAAGGUCGUCACGUGCCAGUACUACCUGUGGUGGAUGUGCCUGCUGCCUUUGGUGUUGUCCAAGCUGUCGUUCGAGCGGAAGGCGGUCAUGGUCCAGGGCGCCGCCGUCGCUAGUUUCGUAGGCUCCAACAUUCUGUGGCUCUUCUUCGCGUACUCCUUGGAGAUGCUUGGCUACAACACCUAUGCUAUGCUGCUGUUUUCGUCCGUCUUCUUCGUUGGAUCUCAGAUGGCCAUUGGCUGGGCGUUUUUGGAGACCAAGGCUCCUGAGGGCGUUAAGAAGGAGGAGGCUUGA